AUGUAUAAGUUAUCAGACCAACAGACAAAAGAUGAAUGUAGCAAAUUUAAAAUAUUUGAAAUGCUUAAUCUACAUCAAUAACAUUGCACUCACCUUUAAUGCAUAUGUAAAAUCAGCAAUUUUAAGGAUAAGAAAGAUAAUUUAAGUCACGAAGAUGUUUACAUUCUGAUUGAAUAAAUCUUUUACAGAACUCUUAAAUCAAACUUAAAAAAUGUAGAUUUUAAACUAGUUGAGCAGCUUUAUUUGAAGUACAUCACAUACUUAACAAGAACAAGGAAUAGACCAACUAAAGCUUAUUAUGAGUUAAAAUAAUAUAUUUCAAAAAAAUAAGAUACUAGCUUUUAUUUUGAUUUAAUAAAAAAUGUUUUAUCAAGCAAGAUAGAAAAGAUAAUGAGUAUGAAUUAAAAAGUUUACAUUAAAACUAAAAUUGUGGAUAAUUAUCUUGAAACAAUCAAGGAAGAGCUAGAUACUAGUUAAAUAUUCCAAACAGAUGAAAUAAUUAGUGAAAUCAUCCCUGAAUUGGCUUAAUAUAUUGAGCAUAAAAUAUAGUUUUGGAGAAAAUUAUUGGUUUCUGAAAGCUAAGAUAUUUUAAGCUUUUACAAAUUAGCUACAGACUUGUCUAAGAAAUCAAAAAAAAUCUAAAAAAUCUACUAAAAAAACUUGCAGACCAUUACAAAUAAAGUGACUACAUCUUCAAAUAUUACAUUGGCUAAGAUAAUAGAAAUAUAUAAAUGCACAGUUACUUCAGAUUAUUUGUAGGCCUUUAAGUUUUCAUAACUUUACAGUGCAUUGUAUAAUAGGGAUCUUUAGAAGUCUUAGAUUAUUAUCAAUAGCUAUAAUAUAGUUAAGGGAAAUGUUUAGACAAUCAAAAUAAGUCUAUCAUAAGAUCUAGGUAAAAUAAUCAGCUAAAAAACAGAGAAGUUAGCUAAUUUUUUUGGGUAUCUUCAAAAGGAAUUCUAAUAAAUUGAUAAAAUUAACGAAUUGAUGCCUCAGUUUAUCAGCUAGAUUCAUGAUAACUGUAUUAAUAAUAUGAUAUAAAGAGGAUUUUCCCCAAUUAUUUCAGAUAAAAUUUCUACAUUUAUCAAAAACAAAGAUUCCUUUAUUGAGCCUAUAAAUUUAUAUUUGCAGAAUCAUUAAAACCAAGCUGAAGAUUUUUGCUUACAAGCAAUACUUCUUAAAACAGUAUAAUAAAGAGAGUAUAUUGUGUUUGAUGAAUAAGGAUAUAUUUAAGGAAUUACUUAAAAUAUGUUCAACUUAAUUUUUUAAAAAAGAGAAAAAUACGAUAAACAAAUUAAAUAAUUGUUUCACAUUGAUGGUCCUCAUCCAAUUCCAGGAGAUUAUAUAAUUGAGCUGCAAUCAUUCUUAUAUAAGUUCAACAUUUAUUUACUUAUGCCUUAAAUCAGUAAAAUAGUCAAGAAGCAUUAGUAGAAUUAAUAAAGUGUUGUAAAUAUGUACAAUAAAUUUAAGAGCCCUUAAAAAAAAUUAAAUAUAAACCUAGAGGCUUCUUUAGUAGAUCAGCAUUCUCAAAUUUGCAUAAACUAAAAUAGUGAUUUAUUUUUACCAAUAAGAAUUUUUCAUUUAAAUAAUUUAUAUAAAAAUUAAAUGAAUGGUUUAUCUGAUAAAAAAAACAUAAAUAAUGAUCAGCAAAUAUAAAAAAAUCAAGAAUAAGUCGAAUAAUUUCUUACAUAGCAUUUAAAGGAUUAUGAUGAGGAGCAUAUUUUUUGCUAAUUUUCUAUGCUACUAAAUAUAUAAUAAAAGAUUUAUACUUACUAGGAUUAAAAUUAAUAAAAUAUUUAGAAAAAGAUAAUUUAUGUUAUGGAGGUAGUUGAAAAAACUGAUUUGACUUCAAAAUAGUUGAAGCAAAAUACUAGGACAGAGAAAUAAAAGACUAUUUUUGAUUUUGAUUCACAAAAAACACACAGCUAGACAGUAGAUGGGUAAUAAUUACCUUCAACUUAAGCAAAGGAAAAGCUUUCUUAUACUGAGUAAACGAGUAUUCCAUCUUUUAAUGAUAUGAAUUAGUAAUAUUUUGAAAGCUCUUAAGAUAUUGAUAAUUUUAAUUCAUAAAGUUCUCCUCCUCAAAGAUAGCUUAAAUUUAAAAAAGUAGAGAGUUAAAAAUCUUAGAAUAGAGUUUCUGAUUUUGGUUUAAAAAUAGAUUAAAGUAACUUCUUUUAAUCUCAUUAGAGCUUAAAAAAUAAUUAAGUAGAUUAAAUAAAUUAUCAAGCUAAUUUAGGUCAAAAAUCAUCUAAAUCAUAAGUCAUUAAUAAGAAAAAAACGUUAAAUAACGCACCUAGCUUAAAUCAUAUUAAUGUACAAAAUUAUAAUCAAUAGAUUAGUUAGAAAGACUUAUCAUAUAAUUUAAGUGCUGAUGAAACAGCUAGAAAUCCAAAUGAAAAUCAAAUUAAUAAAAUUAAAGAUGAGUCAAACCUAUUUUUUUUCAAUGAUUAAAAGAAAAUAGAUGUCAAUCCUAAUUAAGAAAAAGAAUAAAAUGAUAAUGAUUUAUACUUAAAUAGUAUUAAUUCAAAUAGAAUAAAUUCUCUUAAGGACAAUGGAUUGUUUAGUUAAGAAGAUAAUUAGUAAAACACCUAUACAAUAAUAAGCCCAAGGCAAAUAUAAAGUUAAGAAAAUUUAAUGCCUUUUAAAGAAAAUAGUAGCAAUUAAAAUUAAAGCUAAACUCAUAUCCUCAGUUACUCUUAGCAAAGACUUAAUAGAGUUAAAGAAAAAUUAAAUAUUUUAAAAAGCAACUCCUAAUUAAAUAUCUUCAAAGAUGAUGUUUAAGAGUAAGACGAAGGAAGUUAAUGGAGUAAAUUAAUUGAAAAUGCAUAAAAAAUAGUAAUAAAAUAAAAUUCCAAAAACCUUAACGAUCAAAACAAAAGUUCUUCUUCAAUUGAUUAUAGAGCACAAAAUGCACCUAAGUAUUAAAUUUAAAAGCAGAAUAUAUAAAAGGAAGAAAUAGGAGCUUCUCAAACAAUGACAUCAAGAGGAAGCAAGAUAAAUAAUUUUAGCUAAUAAAUAAUACAGGAAAUCAUUCAAAAAAAUUCUUCAUUAACAAACCAACUCUUGAUGCUUGCCCUUUUUAAUAAAGGUUUGAUGUGUAAGUUAAAUUCACUGAAGGCUUUCUUCUUUAACAAAAUAACGCGCUUUUGGCAUGUUAAGCAAGUAAUUCAGUACCACCAAAGCUCAUAUUUGAUUUAGAUGGUUUCUUUUUUAUGA